GUGUGUGUGUGUGUGUGUGUGUGUGUUUAUACUGUGUGCCUGCAUGUUUGAUGUAAACUUGGCACCUUGUCCACUCUGGCUGUUAAUAUCCCACAAACACACACACUCUGAUGGUCAGGCUUCUUUGAGCACAGUAAUUAUCAAACAAAAAGAUGGGAGGCAAGCAGUUUUUUAUUUGCAGACAUCAUUUCAGUGGAAGACAAAGCUGGACCAAAUCUAUUUUCAUAGUACGCGCUCCAGUACACCGAUUCUGACAAUUCAUUAUGCAAUCAGUAACGUGUGUGUGUGAGUUUCUGCAAAACCAAUACCUGUGUGCCCCUCUUUGGUCCAUCAGCUGUUAUAACAGUCUCCAUGGUAACGGAGACAUACCUGUCCAUGGAUCAAUCUGAGGUUUCUGAGAUCCCGGCGGGUACAAAUAUCACAGAGUGGGAGCGGGACGCCCUGCUGGCGGUGGCGGAGGUGGUGGUGUUGGCUGUCAUUCUACUGCUGGCGUUACUGGGAAACGGCUUGGUGUUGGUGGUGUUGUUAAAGCGGAGGCAGCACCAAAACCCGCUGCACCAGUUCAUGCUCAACCUCUGUGUGGCUGACCUGGUGGUGGCGCUGUUCCAGGUGUUACCACAGCUGGUCUGGGACGCCAAGGGUCGUUUUCCUGGUCCAGACUUCUUGUGUCGUCUGGUCAAAUACCUGCAAGUGCUGGGCAUGUUCGCCUCCUCCUACAUGAUCGUAGCCAUGACGAUGGAUCGACACUACGCCAUCUGCUGCCCCCUGCAGGCGCAUGGCAGUGGGGCCGCCAAACGCUGGAACACCUUCAUUAUGCUGGCGUGGAGCCUGUCUCUGCUGCUGAGCCUUCCACAGGUUUUCAUCUUCUCCCGAUCAGAAGUGGCUCCUGGGAUCUAUGAAUGCUGGGGAACCUUUGCAGAGACCUGGGGCCUCAAAGCCUAUGUUACGUGGAUGACCCUGGCCAUCUUCAUCAUCCCCCUCAUCAUUAUCACGUUCUGCCAGGUUCGCAUCUUCGUGGAAAUUCAUCACAAUCUGUACCAGAGCUCAGAGCGCCACCUGUCCCCCACCCCCCGCCAUCCGCCAAGAGGUGACAGCCAGAGCCGAGGAGGAAGAGGACAGUCCACUCCGCCUGGCUACAUCUCACCCCUCACAGACAACCACGGCAGUUCGAAAAGCUUUCAUCCUGGAUCGACCUACCAGCACCUGCCAGUGGGCUCACUCUGCUCCAGCAGCAUUGUUUCUCAGAGGGAAAUUCACACCCACAGUUCUGUGCUGCAGGCUGACCCUAUAGCGCCCCCUGCUGUGUGCUGCCCUCACCCACCUAAAGCCCCCACAGCCCGGGGUGGAGAGGUGACAGCAGCCAUGUCAAAGACGGCCAGGAUGACACUGGUCAUCGUGCUCGUCUACUCCAUCUGCUGGGCCCCGUUCUUCAGUGUGCAGCUGUGGGCAGCCUGGGACCCCAACCCACCCCAGAGAGGUGCAGCCUUUACCCUGCUGAUGCUGCUGGCCAGUCUGAACUCCUGCACCAACCCUUGGAUCUACUCCUUCUUCUCCAGCAGCGUGUCUCCAGAGCUUCGCCUGCUGCUGCUCUGUGGAGCCCACCAUCAGCACCGGGACUCCUUCCCCAAUAACUCCUCUGCCACACACACCUCCAAUUCCUGAAGGCCCCCAGCAGCCCAGUCUCCUGAUGAAGGACUAGUCUGAUCCUGGGAGUUACAUCCACCUGCAGCAGAUCGGAGGAUGUGUUUGGAGCUGUGAGAUCAGAAAAAACAUGAAGUUGACAGAAAUUUGGUCCGUCCUCUGAGAUGCACCCAUCAACACGUCUGAUAAACUCCUAUGAGAGGAUUCAGAGUGCUAAUAGCUUCAGCACAUUUUAGCAUGUCCAAUUUAAAAGGGAGAACAGGAAAAGUUCAGCUUGAUUAGACAAGAACCAUCCGAUCUCAUGGACACCUUCUUUCAGGAAGGUUUUCUACCAUCUAAAAAAGUCUGCUCCCAAGGUCAAACAUUCACAAUGAUUUUUCAAAAAGUAAAAAAUAAAGUUAUUGGCUCAGAUGAACAAGAUGUCACAUAGCAUGUUUGACCUCACUGGAAACAUCAACAUUUAUUAUAAGACGAGGAAAGGAAAUGUGAUCAGUGGCGAUAGGGGCAGUGCAUACCUAAAUCAUUGCAAGCAAGCAGUAUUUUUUGGGUAUGAUAAAGACCCAUCCAACGGAUAGCCAUCAGGGUCAAAAAGCCCUGGGAGUGCAACCUCCAUCAAAGUGACAAGCACAUCAGACUCCCUUUCAUCCCUGGCGAUGAGCAAAGAGGCAAAUGUGUAAAACAUUUAUGAAUGGCGACAUUUUUGCAACUGCUUGUUACAAAUCAGAAAAUGUGUUUUGUCCUCACGGGCUCCUGUAGAAGGAAACUUUAUGUAGAAUUUGGCGUCACCCAGAGACCUAGACCUGCUCCCAUACAUUCUAUACCAGAUUAUUAUGGUUAAAUCCUAUGAAGCUGCCAAUAUUUAACAACUGGGCAUAAUUUAACAUUUUGAUGGAUAUUUGUAGAGAUUAAUGGUAAAAACUACACAUAGUAACUUUAAUAGUUCAAAUGUUAUAGAGGAGUCUUCUAAAAACAAACUAGAUGGAUUCUCUAAACUUUUGGUUGUUUUAUAAAGUUUUCAGCUUCAGUUUCAUUAGCCGUCUCCAUGGUUACUUGUGUAAAAAAUAACUACCAACAGUUUAUUUAAGGAGUUAAUGUUUCCGGUGUUGGUCCACCUUCUAGAGGUCAUUCAGCUUCUGGUCCAGAUCCUCCUGUGGAACUGAGGUCUGGGGAGUAACCAGGACCUGGCCCGUUUUGUUCCUGAUUCACCAAGUUCAGAUGUUCUCACUCAGGUCCAGUGAUCCAUCAUGCUGGAAAAAGUCACUGUUUAUCACCAAACUGUUGUUGCUUGGAGGAGUUCCUCUGGGAGGAUGUUUAGGAACCAUUCACAGCUGUUCUGAGGAUAAACAGCAAGCCUCUUUUGCUGUAAAGGCCCUGAAGUCUUCACAAAUCCACAGGAAAUGUAACUGCUGAGAUUAACCCUUUGAUGCAUGAAUUAUGAAAUCUUCAACCAUGAUUUUUGUAACAUUUUAUUCAUCUUUAGGUGUGAAUGAAACAAAUUUCGAUUAUUUUUAGUACAUUUUUAAACUUUACAAAUAAUUUAUUACAUGUCCACCUUAGUGGACAGCGUGCAUUCUGAACAUGAAAUAUGUUGGCUUGAGUUACUGAAGUCGAAAUGGAGGGGCUCAAAUGCAAUAAAGUCUUUAACAGCUGUGCUUAAUAGCAAAAAUAAAUACUAAUUUUGAAUACCUGUCCACUGUAGUGACCGUUAUGCAUCAAAGGGUUAAGUUUCAUCAAACAAAUGUUAAUUCAUUGGGAUUUCUCCUGAGUACCGCCUGUAGUGUAAGCCAACUCCAUCC